UGUAUAAAAUAUAAUCUGAUGGUAAAUUAGUAGACGUGUAUGUAGGUAGAUUAUCUAGCAAAUUAACACCCUUUAGGGUCUUUGAAUAAGAGGAUUCAAAUGCUGUCGCUGACGAGAAAAUUUAUUAGGGCCUACUUCUUCGUAACAUGUUAAGUCUAUCGUGCAUUUAAUAAAACACAAUUAAUGGUAAGCAACAUACUCAUCAUUUAAAUGCGUACAUUAUGUCUAAACAUUCUCCCUUGUAUACAACAAACAAAUGAUAAAUGAUGCAACGUCCCCCAAACUCUGCUCCAUUUAAGUAACAUCACCAAAUUCAGUUGAAAAUUCACACUAUACCUCAUCACAGAAACAAUUGCUUCCGCUGAACACGAUCCUCAUGUUUGUUUAGCUCCCGGCGAGUCAUUUCCUCGCGUGUUACACACACUUGGCAGAUCCCAUUCAGUAAGCAUUUUCAUAAUGAAAGUCGAACUGCUGGAGUAAGCAAAGAGAUAGAAAGACAUUCUUCUUCCGUAUGCGUGCGUGAAUUGAAGAGCUACACGAUGCUACCGGAUGCUUUGGACAAUAGCAUACGCAGUCCGAACAAUAACAAUGGGCUUGCUCGCACCAGAGGAAGCCUCUGCCUCAGUCCUUCGGCUGCGGCGCUAGCCGUUGACAACAAUAAAAGGAGGAGCUGGUGCGGCGUAUCCGCAACGCACCAUUUUCAUCACCAUCCGGCGCCGAAAAGAUAUGGAGAACUAGGACAAGCCAUAAAACAACGAAGUGAUGUUUUCCUCGAGUCGUAUUUGCACGGCAUCGGGGAUCGUCAGAGCAGUCCUGUUGUGGGGGAUUCUUCGUUGUCACCACCCCCAUGCAGGAUUGCUCCCUGUCUAUUGCCGGCACCUGCCUCGAGGUCGCUUUCCCGGGAAUCCCUGGUUUCAUCUAACGGAGGUGGUUCUGACGCUGGCAGUGAGGACAGCACUGAUACUGGAUAUGGGGCAACAUGUGAUAUUAAUUUAGUCGAACGGCUCAUUCGUUCUCAUCCGAUAUGGUUUCUUCCUGGAAUUCAACGCGCUGGCGCUUUUCAUCUUCUUCAAGGCAAAGAAGAAGGUUGUUUUGUGGUCAGACAAUCAUCGCAACCGGACACAAUGGCUCUGUCAGUACGAUUACCACCCGAUAAAGGGCCGUACAUAGAGCAUUAUUUGAUUCAGUCGUCUGAAGGACGGUUAGGUUUAGAAACGAGCGAAAACAGAUUUGACAACAUGCCUGCUCUUAUUGCUCAUUAUGCUAAUUGUUGUGAUGAACUCCCUGUGCAAUUGACCCUUCCUAAGGCCAUUCGUGAAGCUAAGAGUAGACAACAAUUGUCGUCAUUGGCCCUUUUAGGUCAGGAGUUUUGGAGAUACAGUCCUCCACCGUCAGCUUCUUCUAGUCCUGAUGUUGAUUUGGUUCUUAAUCCAUUGUUAAGCAGUUUUAAGAAAACGGAUUCGUCGACUCCAACUGAAGAUGUUUCCAAGCCCAUUCGACCCAAUACGUUAAAUUUGGUGACUAGUGUCGACGCGCCAAAAAUGGACACUGUACCAGUGAAGAACACUCCGCUUUUGACGAAAGCAGAACUUUCCAAAGUACCACCUCCGCCGCCUCCGCGGUGGUCUAAACCUACAACGCCUCAAAGCAACUUCGGAACUCCACAAAAUAAUUUUACCGUUACUACUACCGUUACGUUUAGUGUUAAACCCGAAAGUCCUCGAAAUGAGUUGCCGUCGUCGCAAAUGGAAGUCGUAUGCGAUCCCAAAAGGAUGUCACCGGAAGGUCAGUGCCAUUCAACAGUCUCUUCAAAAGAUAAUAGUUUGAGAAGAGGUCCUGAUCAGGUCGUCUCCCCUAACGGAUCCAUACUGUCGCCCUUAUCUGACCCUAGUAGUAUAUUAUCGCCUGACACCUUAUCUCCUCUUUCCGUCACCAAAACGGGGCGGCAUAGUAAACGAUCAAAGCAUAAAAUAUCGAAGCAUUAUCAAGAAUCCGAUAUCCUCGAUUCCCCAACGGUGUAUUAUAGAAGUGCUGUGGGAGACAAAGUCAGCGAUUAUGAAGAUCUCUGGACUAACGAGCAUUCUACGUUUAAGCCUAGAAAUUACAACAAUAAUAACAAUAAUAAUAUUUGCAAUAAUUUGCCAUCUCCUGAUCUGCUUCAACACACGCAAAAUGUUGUUUCCUUGAACAACAAUGUUUUAAGUCCGGCGGACUCUCAUAGUGGCUCACAAAGGAGUCAUUGCAGCACACCAGUGGUCAACGUUUCCAAUCAAAAUUCACAAAAUUUCGUACAAUCUCCUGUUGGAGAAGUCCCGAAGAAUCCUGAACCGAAAGACAGUGCAAAUGGGCAGUCUCCGAAGCAAAGUAGCCCUUUCUAUGCUGAACCGGCAGAUUCCUUGACGUCUAUAGCUGUUCCAAGACGUUUUAUCGGAAGAAGUUUAAUUCCUAUGCAACAAAGGCAUUCCAACCCACCGGCCUUACUUUUGCAUUCCUCGCUAAGUCCUGGUUUGGAACGAAUUGACUCUCCUGAACUUAAUGGUACUAUUUCUUCGUCUGUUGGUAAUUUGAGUCCUAAACAGAAGCCUGUUCCUCUUAAGAAACCGGAAAUAAAACCUGUACAACCUCCUUUCGUAAAACCAAAACUAAAUGAAAACUGGACAAUAGAUAACAGCUGGAAGUUUUUGGUCAAUGAAAACGAUGCAAGUAUGGAUUUAAGCGAUGCAGAUUAUGACUCAGAUUGGCCUUCAGGACCACCUCAUUUACCACUGUCUCCACAUGCUUGCGAUGCUGAUGAUAGAAUUACCAUUCAGGAUUUAAUUGCAAGAAGCAAAAUGCCUUCAAACUACAAUUAUGAUAAUAGAANCACUCUUUCUGAAACAUGCAAUCAACCUUCUAGAACAACGUCAGUUGUUGAAUCGAAAUGUUUGCUCGCUGCACCUCGAUUACAAGCAUUGAGGAACAGGGAGCAAGGAUACAACGCAGUCGGUAGUGCAAUCAGGCAAUAUGCUUUAGAAUUAUCAAAAGAUAAAAGUACAACAUUUGCUCAAAAUAUUGAUAAUUUUAUCGCUUGUACGUGCGAAUCAAAGGAAUCAAAUCCUCAGGUUGUGAUGCGAAAUAUGCGGCAAUUCAUGUCAGGAAUGAAAAACUACUUGGUAAAACAUGGAGAGAAAGGUUUUAACAAAGAAGUAGAAAAAGAACGCAACAAGUUGAAAUCGACUGAAUUUUUAAAUUUGGAUGCAAUUUUGGAGGGAGUCAUGCACAAGCUGGUUGUAAGGCCAUUGAAAGCACAUCUACAAAAACUCUUUGUCGACUAUUACACUAAGACUGGUGCCAUUAAAUUACUAGCUGAAAAUAUACAGUACGCAAGUACCAGACCGAUCUCAGAAUUAGCCGUUAAGCCGAAAAUUAGUCUGCCAAGUGAAGCAGCACUUUUAACAAUAUCUCAGUAUGUAACCAGAUUACAGGCUGCGGAUUCUCCACUCGAAAAAUUGGAGUAUCUUCUAGCAUCAAUUGCAACAAUAUUUAAUUCGGUAAAGAGUAGUCAAAUAUCAGGCUCAGGUAAACCUAUUAUUAUGGGAGCAGAUGAUUUUCUACCGUUGUUUGUGUGGGUAUUGGUGAAAACGAACUUUGUCGCAGCUGAAAUUGAAGCAGAGUAUAUGUGGGGGCUCCUUCAUCCAUCCCUUUUGUCUGGCGAAGGUGGAUAUUAUUUAACUACACUUUCCUCAGCUGUACACGUACUCAAGAGUUUUAAGGAAAACGGCGAAGAAAACCAUACAAACAAUAUUAAAAAUGAUUCUGUUUUAAAAGUAAUUGUUCCUGAUGAACUUCAUGGUUCCAUUUUAACCAAAACAUUGCCCGCGCGACCGCAUAUGACUACAAAAGAAGUUUGCAAAAUAAUAGCACAUAAGGCAAGAAUAACCAAUCCUCAGGACUACGCAUUGUAUAGACUUGUAGAUGGAGAAGAAACAAUAUUAGCAGACAGUGAGUGUCCUCAGGACUUCAUGAACGAAGGGAGACAUGUGCGAUUGGCAUAUAAAAGAAUAGAUGCGAAAAUCGCGUGGCCAAAGCAGCAGUCGAAUUAACAAAUACUAGUCAUAUUUUUUUACCACAUUUGGCUGUCAUUCUCUGUUGUUAUUGUGGAUAAUACCAACGUUUAUGUUGAUAAUGUUAUAACAUUUUAUGAUAGCAGGUAAUCGCCAGGAUGCAAUCUUCAGUAGGUACUGUAAAAAAAUUAAUACAUAUUUUAUAAUACUUAACUGUGGUGUAACAAUUUGUCGUUUGAUACUUUUUUAAAAAAUAAGUGUUGUAAAGUGUAUUAACCGCGGCAUUCAUACCGCUCUUUUAAAGUAUUUAUUUGUUUUACCAUCGUGAAACGUGAAAAUAAUUUUG